GCCCAUUCAAAGCCCAUAUCUUAUCAUUCAUCGAUCUCUGACUAUAUAAUAUACCUCUGUAUUUCUCUUUAAAUUCAUUCAUGCAUAUCUUUUUAGUUUACGCGGAAGAAUUCGUCGUGUGAUUUAAGAAGAGAAAAUUUAUCGUCUUUUCCGAUGGAAAAAUCCAGAAAUCGAAAGCAACAACGGAUGGUAAUGGAUGGUGCUGUGAAUAAUGGUGGUGAUAUUGAUAGGUUGCCUAAUGAUUUAGUAAUUAAGAUUCUGUCACACAUGAGCAUCAAGAGAGCUGCGAGGACUAGUGUCCUCGCGCAUAGAUGGAGAUAUCUUUGGAGGUUUUCCCAUGGCCAUGGGACUCUUAGAUUUGAUGGAAAACACAUGAAAAAGGAAGAGUUUCAGUCUUGGGUGAAUGGUGUGCUGGAUCUUCAUCUAGCUCCAUAUAUUGAGGGCUUGAUCAUUAGCUUUGAGGGAGGGGUGGAGAGCCAUGAGAAGGCAUCUACGUCUCGUGCAGUUGAGAGAUGGUUGAAUUUUGCUAUGCAAAAGGAAGUUCAAAGGUUGGAAUUGAAUCUCUCAUUUGAAAAUUUGUAUGGAAGGAUAAGCCCAACGGUUAGACAUGCAUUCCCAACUCGUGUAUUUUGCCGCCUGAGAACUCUUGAGGAGUUAAGAUCACAUUCAUUUUGCCGCCUGAGAAGCCUUAGAUUGUCCCAAGUUCACAUCAGCACCAACGUGGUUCAUUAUUUUCUAGCAUCGUGUCCCGAUCUUGAAGAGUUAUGCAUACAGUUCUCUUACAACAUUCGAGGAAAUCUUCGAGUUGUUGAUCCACCAAGCUUGAGAGUUUUGGAGAUAACCAGAUGCCCCGGUAUCAGGAGUUUGGAGAUCUCUGCUGUGAGUCUCGUCUCGUUAACAUAUGGAGGACCCGGAAACAGCUUGCUGCUGAUAAAAGCUCCCAAUCUUCGUGAAUUAUGUGUUAGAAGGCUUAUGUGUUUGUUCUUUGUUUUCGGGCGCAAUGAACACUCGAGCUAUUUCGUUCAGCUGGAGAAGCUUGUAUUGGAUUUUCGAUUCCUGAGUGAAAGUAUAACACUUGAUUAUCAGAAUAGAGAUAGAGAUUGGGUUGCUCCUCCUACUUUGCCUCGAUUAUGCUCUCUCAAACGGCUGCAAGUGCAUGCUCAUACAAAAUAUGGUGCACGUACACCCCUCGACAUCUUCACAUCAUUGAUUGAGGCAUCUCCACACUUAUGUGAAUUUAGGAUUGAGCUGAGCUACUCGGUAGAUCGUCGUUAUGAUGCACGUAGGUACGAACUUCCUCGUAUAGAAGGAUUCAAGGUUGGGAAAUUCGUUCAUAGAAAUCUUAAAGUGCUUGAAAUGAGCAGCUACGUUGGAUUUGGUCCUCCAGAAGAACUGCUGGUGGCAUUGAUUUGGAGUUGUCCAUCACUUGAGAGAGUUGCGAUUCAUAUUGGGAAUGAUUUCUAUGAUAAUACUGGCGUUGGCUACUUCAUUGACAAGUGCAGGCGGAGUAAAGAGGUCGUGCAUUUUGCUACCUCACGCGAGGAAGCAAAAGGACGCGCCCAACGUUUCAUAGCCAAAACGCGGAAGCAGAAGCCGAGUCUGCAGGAGUGGAAGCAGUGCCAGUGGGAGCGCCUUGAAUUCAUUGUCACAUGAAUUUUGAAUCUGCCAUUUUGAUUCUUUGGAGCAUUACUACAGUCUCAUACAUUGUGUUUUAAAUUAUUGAUGGAUGCUUUAUUUAUUAUGACAAAUGCUUUAUUCAUUUUCAAAUUGGAUACAUCAUUUUGUAUUUCUACUUUUAUAGCUUCUUAAAAUAUAUAAGUAGUUGCUUUCUUUUUGUGUGAAAUAUUGAGAAUGUGA